GGGGCUACAAUCACGCUCCUCUCUUGUCGCAAAUGGAAGAAGACGACUUCGGCUUGGCUCCUACAGCGCCGGCUCCCGCUCUCGUCUCGCUGUUGCCGUUUUCUCCUUCUGUCUCCCCCUCCCCCCGCCGCCUCUCCAGCAACUUCACUCAGCCCAGCCGCCCUGUCCGGGCGGCGCGGCAGCUCGCCUGGGUGGACCUCCGGGGACGCCUCGUUGGCGCCGAGGAAUGCAGCUCGGCUCGAGCCAUUGGCAGCGGCUUGAGACGGGAGGAGGCCGUGGCUUGGGAGCUGUUCAGCCCCAUUCACCGCAUCCUCAUUGUCGCCGUAAUCGCCGUCGCCGCCGCUGAGUCGAAGAAGAAUCAUAAGAUAAUGCAGCUCAAUAAGUCCGUACAGACCAGGGACCAGGUGCUGUUAAGUAUGCAGCAGAAGCUUGAUAGUCUAUGUGAGCAGGUGAAUAGCAUUAAGGAUCAGCCUGAUAUGUUGCUCAUCAAGAAUGUACUACUGCCAUCAAGUGAAGUUUUUGCCUCUGAUAAACUCAAACUUGUUGGUUGUGGCUGUCGGCUAUGUGAUCAACAUCUGGGUCUUUCAAAUGAUUUGAUGGAUAACUUGGUUAGCAAAACAUCAAGUGAGGAUGAGAUAUUUAAGUAUAAAAUGGAGGCAGAACAGGAGGAGCGCCGAAUGUCCGAUUUGUCUUGGAUUUCCAGUGUCACAUCUUCCAUAGAAAUUCAGAGCACCUCAGAGCAAGAUAUCUGCAACCUCAAGAGGCAGUGUGAAGAAAGGGAUGCCACCAUAAAGGAGCUAUCUGCUUUUGUCCACUCAUCUAACAUUGCUGGUUCCAAGAGGAUUUCAGAGUUGGAAGACAUCAUAAGGAGGAAGAACUCGACGAUUAUUAAACUUAAGAAGGACUUGGUAACUCUAGAACAAAAGGUGGUUCAACUUAGUAGACUUCGGCGACCCUCUUUUUCUGCCACAAGCCCAAAAUCUAAGCAAAUCCCACUUUUGGCAGAUAACCUUCUUUAUGAUAUGGAUAGUACUACUAGCCCUUCUUCCUCCUCAGAUUCAGAUUGUGCUCCAGAGAAUAGUAGACAACCUCCUGUUGCUAAAAUUCAGGAAAUCCCAGCUCAGAAUAGUGACUUUGUUUCCAGAAGAAUCCAGAAAUCAGCACGGGCAAAAACAUCAGGUUCCUUGGUGAUGCCAACCGACUGGCAUACAAAGUCCCGUCCAUCAAGUCCUCUUCAAGAAAAAACGAUGAAUCAGACAUCUGAUGCAGUUUCUUCUUUUAAGCCAAAACAGUUGUUACCACCUAAUGGAGGUGUCACAAAGAGUAGAAGGCGAGCUCAAAUCAGAUCCAAUGAUGUGGUACCACAGAAGAAAUGGGUUUAGUGAAGGGACAACUUCUAACAUGUAGAAGUGGAUUCAUGGUACCAAAAACUCGCUGCAAAUCCCGCCUUCUCUUUGCCAAAAGGUUGUGCUGGAAAGGCAUGGGCAUGCCCCAUAACAUAUUUAUAGGUGAAGAGCAUUUUAUUCAGGUGGUAUUGUUGUUCUUGUUGUUGACCUUAAACAAUUUCAGAACUACAAUACUCUGAUCCAGGUAGAUUCUAUGGUAGUAUUGCUAUUUAAGAUGAACAAUUUCUGAGAAUAAAUCUUGUCUUUUGAUAUAACAUUACUAUUUAAAAUAGUAUAAUCUCUCUGAACAAAUCUUCUUUUAA